AUGGCUCGAUUCCGCUGUUUUCAAUCUAUCCAACAAUUUCGUUGGGAUUAUUUGAAGGACUCUCUUCGGGUUCCCCAAGGCCAGCUCUUCACUGAAGGUGUAUCCAGUCAAUGGAGCAACCAAGACCUUGCCCCAACGCCUCCGGAAGAACGCAAGUGGACCUAUUGGACGUUCGCUGCGUUUUGGACGGCCCAUGCUUCUGAUGCAACGGCUUGGACAGCAGGAAGCGCUACAGUAGCGCUAGGACUUACAUGGUGGCAAGCCUGGCUCGCUCUAAACGUUGCUCAUAUGAUCGGGACGAUUUUGAUAGUCGCUAACGGUCGAAUGGCUUCGCGGUAUCAUGUAGGGUUUCCUGUUUGCGCCAGGGUGUCUUGGGGAAUGUGGGGCUCCUAUAUGGCAGUAGCAAUGAGAGCUGUGAUCUGUAUUAUCUGGAAUGGAGUUAAUACGUUUUAUGCUGGUCGACUAGUAGACGUGUGCCUUCAAUGCAUUUGGCCCUCGUGGGCCCUCGUUGCAAACACGCUACCCGAAUCCGCAGGGAUCACAACUAGAGAGCUUACCGGAUUCAUUAUCGCGUGGUUCAUAUUUCAAUGCCUCACUUUCAUACAUCCUCGAGACCUGAAGUGGUUUUACGUUGCUAAAUCGGUCAUCGUGUUGACCGCCAUGCAUGGUAUACUCGCUUGGUGGAUGCGGAAGAACGGAGGUGUUCAUUUUCCUUCACAAAAUAGUACACAGUUAUCUGGAACUACCCGUGCUUGGCUUUGGAUGCAAGCAUUCAACAGUGGAUUUGGCGCUGUUUCCUCGCUUACCGUGAACCAAGCUGACAUUGCACGUUACGCGAAAUCACCCAACGAUCAACUGUGGGGACAAAUCUUUGUUUUCCCUCUGGCCUCUGCACUUCCAGGUCUCUUCGGCGUUCUUGUCGCGUCUGCCUCACAGGAGAUGUACGGUGCCCCAUUAUGGAAUCUGUGGGAUGUCACACAGAAAAUGUUAGAUCAGUAUCCCCACAACUCUGGAGCUAGGUUCGGGAUCUUUCUGGCGGCAGGAAGUAUAGCCCUUGCACUCAUUGGUGUAAAUCUCGCGACUAAUUGCUUGCCCUUUGGAUCCGAUGUUUCCGCCCUCUUCCCCAAAUACAUGAAUAUCCAGCGAGGACAAUUUCUUUGUUGCCUCCUUGGACUUGCAAUCGCGCCAUGGAAAAUACUUCAGAAUGGAACCACUUUCUUGGCAUUCCUGGCUGGAUAUGGCUACUGGCUAGCUCCUGUGGCCGCCAUUAUAUUUGUCGACUAUUUCUUCAUUCAGCACGGUAAUAUUGUCAUCGCUGAAUUGUACAAUGGAAGACCAGGAGGACUUUACUGGUACAAGAAAGGAUGGAACAUUCGGGCUCCCAUCAUUACAGUGCUUGCUUUAAUCCCGUGUUUACCUGGUUUUGCUUGGACCAUCUCAAACCAUGUUAAUAUCUCUUUGAAUGCCGCACGGCUAUCUACCCUGUCCUUCAUCCUAACAUACGCCAUUGCCGCUUCUAUGUACUGGACAUCCUACCGAAUUUGGCCCAAAACAACCUCAACACCGAACGAACAGUUUGAAUUCAUCGCGAACAUUGUAGACGGAGAGGAAGCAUCUAUCGAGCUCGAGGAUAUUGAAAAGCCGCUUUCAGAUAAAUUGUCCAUCCGGGAAUGUCCAUCUGUGUAA